CUGCUCCUUAUAAACUUGUGCAAUAAGACUCUGGACCAAUUGAUCAAAAAACACUACUUCUACACACGCCAGGCCUGUAACUGUAUUUUUUCAUCCAUUUCCACGCGAUUCUUACUCUUUAUAGAAAACCCCAACAAUACUCAAUCCUAUAUUCCUUCCUGGCUGCUACUUCUGUCUGUGUUUCCAAAAAGCAAGAAGAAAAGCACUUGCUCUCCAGUUGAGUUGCUCAGAGCUGGUGAAAAGCCCCAUAUCUCAAGGUUAUAGAAGCUCUGAAAUAUUCCAUUUUUGCUUUAUUGGUGUGCUUAAAGGAAUCUAAGCUAAUCAUUGGGAAUGGUGCUAGGCUGAUAAUUAAGUGUGGGCUUUGUGAGAGAGUUUUGCUCAGCUUCCAUUGUGCUGCUUUUUUCUGGGUUUGUGAGAAAAGACAGCUUCCUACAGAAUGCACAGAUUUAGAGUGAAAAAAGAAGCCAAGAAAUAGUAAACUAGGCCACAUUGCUUAUGAUAAUUCAGACCAAAGAAUGGAUUUCCAGUUUUUCAACCCCAAUAUUUCAUUGUCUACAACAGUUUCUAUUCUGUUCUUCUUUCCACUUGUCUUUUCGGUUUCUUCGGUCCAGUCUCGGCGACUGGACCUCAAAAACUUCAACCAUUCUAACCAAGCAUUUUGGCCUGGGGAAGAGUCUAAGAAGAUGGAAAUUACCCGAGCUCAUCUAGAGAAGCUAAAUAAACCCCCCAUCAGAACAUUUCAGAGUCCAGAUGGAGACUUUAUAGAUUGUGUGGAAUCUCACAAACAACCAGCGUUUGAUCAUCCGAGGUUAAAGGGACAAAAACCAUUGGAUCCGCCAGAAAGGCCAAGCAGGCACCACAAGACAAACCAGAUGUGGUACGAGAAUUUUCAGCUGUGGAGCUUGUCUGGGGAAUCAUGCCCACCAGGAACGGUCCCGAUCAGACGAACAUCUGAGCGGGACAUUCUCCGAGCUUCUUCCCUCGAGAACUUCGGGAAAAAAAUCACAAACACGGUUCGAAAAGACCCCUCAUCCGGCAGCCGUCAUGAACAUGCAGUUGGAUAUGUAAGUGGAGAAGCUUAUUAUGGAGCAAAAGCAAGUAUGAAUGUGUGGGAACCUCGCGUGGAUAAACAAUACGAAUUCAGCUUGUCGCAAGUGUGGGUUAUUUCCGGUACAUUUGGUGAUGAUCUCAACACCAUUGAAGCCGGCUGGCAGGUUAGCCCAGAUCUAUACGGGGACAACUAUUCUAGAUUUUUCACGUACUGGACGAGUGAUGCAUAUCAAGGGACUGGGUGUUACAAUUUGCUAUGCUCAGGCUUUGUUCAGACCAAUAACCGAAUUGCUAUUGGAGCUGCCAUCUCUCCAACUUCAUCAUAUAAGGGUGGUCAAUAUGACAUCAGCAUCAUGAUUUGGAAGGAUCCAAAACAAGGGAAUUGGUGGCUAGAGUUUGGAUCAGGAACCAUAAUUGGAUAUUGGCCAUCUUUCUUGUUUACACAUCUUAGGAAAUCAGCUAGCAUGAUACAAUUCGGAGGUGAGAUUGUCAAUAGCGAUAGCUCCACUCACACAUCAACUCAAAUGGGAAGUGGUCAUUUUCCUCGAGAAGGGUUUGGAAAAGCUUCUUAUUUUCGAAAUUUACAAGUGGUCGAUUGGGACAAUAACCUAGUACCCUUGUCUAAUCUUAAACUUCUCACUGACGAUCCAGACUGUUAUGAUAUACAAGGAGGGAUUAAUCGAGUCUGGGGCAAUUAUUUUUAUUAUGGUGGUCCCGGACGAAAUUCAAAAUGUCCGUAGAAGAAAAUGACAAGCAUAUUCUUUUAGAUUGUAUUUUUAUUUAUUUACACAAAGUGGCACAUUCAUAUAUACCUCAAGUAGGGAAUUUUGUAAAUCGAAUUGGUAAAAUGAAAAAAUAUAUAGUGAAAAUAUAGAUAUAAUUUUUGUGUC